AUGGAGUAUUUGGAGAAGCUAGAGCUUAACAGUGCUGAUGAGUUUGCAAACACAGCGAUUUUGGAGAUGGCUGAUCCGAAACAGCACGAUAUUCGAAGCGAUCAAGUUGAUAUUCAAGCAUUGAAGGUGGGUGAUGUUAGAUUAGUCAUAACUUUAGAUUUAGUAGUCGGAUAUUUUUUAAAUUGGUUUUGUGAGAAAGAGCAGUUUCUUUUCUAUGUAAAAAUUUUAUUUUUUGCUAAUUUUUAUUGUUUUAGGCUUUGUGGCAGUUCUUUUUCAUCCACCGGUCAGAAGCUUUGCGCAAUUUAACGCUGGUUCAUGUUGAAACGAUGAAAAACCUGAUUGAAUCGUCAAAGUACUUGUCGGCUUCAGCUGCAUCACGUUUAGUUUUAUUUAAAUUUGUGAAAUUUGUGUUUAACACUUCCGAUAUUAACGUGAAACUUCAAGAAUUCGAAGCGAAACGUGAAAAUUAUGGGGAAAAAUCGAGUUUGAAGAAGAUGAAAGAAAGAAAUCAGGAUGUUGAAGAAUUGGAAAGGCUUAGGGCUCAAACCGAAUUUCUUCUUAAUCAGUAAGUUUAAAGCUUAUUUGUUAUACAUGUUUUAACUCUUCAUUUUUGUAUUUAUAUUAUUCAUGGUAAUAAAAAUUAAAUAUUUCAGGCUGUACAACAUAAAAUCUUUGCCGAAAGAUCGUCGAUUUCUUAUGAAAGUUCUUUGCGAGAUGGCAGAUAUUAUUGGUAAAGAAAUAGACGAGAAUUCAACAGAUAAUAAGAUGAAAGUUUCGUUCAAAGAAGAAUUGGAAGCUGGAGAACAGGAUGAACCGGAGAACUUUCAUGUUCAAGAUGAAAAUUCGGAAUUCCAAGUGUUUGAAGGUGACGGAGAGGAACAUAAGGAUGCUAAAGAAGGUUUUAGAGUUGAUGAGUUUGAGGAUAUCAAUGCUCCGAUGAAGGUUUUGGGCUUGAAAGAUGAGCUGAAGGUUAGUUUUUGGGAAAAAUUGUUUUUUAUUGGUACAUAAACUAAGGUGGGAUGUUUGGAUUAAUUUUAGGUUUAAAAGGUUGAUUAUGAUAUUGUUUUUGAAGUCUUAAAUAUGUUUGACGUUCCAAGGUUAUUGGUUCGAACAGAAAUUUGAUGUUAUUCUUGAUGACUUCUAGGUUUCUGGUGUCAUGGACAAUAUUGAAUAUUUUUCGAAAAAUAUUUUUUUGAUCAAGCUUAAGUUAUGCCAAAAGCAGGUCAAUACAACACUUUUUAAAUACCCAAAGUUUAGUUUAAUUUCUGUGUCAUAUAAAAAAGUUAUGGUAAAAUCCAUUUAGGUCGCCUUGUCCAAGCGAAAAGCCGACUUUGACCAACGACAAUUCGAAGCUUUGGCCAAAUUGAAGAAUUGCACGGUGGAUGAGGUUGUAAAACAAGAAGAAGAGAGGAAACAGAAAGAAAAGGAAGAGGUUAUGAAGCUGGAAAAGGUGGAAUAUGCACCACAACAAAGGAUACAUAUCAGCACGGCCGAUUUGCUGAAAGCGAUGAAGAAACAACCUCAGAUUGUAGAAAUUGGCAAUGAUUAG